AUGCAAGUCAUGGAAUUAACAUACAGAGAUUAUCAUAACCGAGUGUUUACUCACACCGAAAAGAAGAUGAUGGAGCUGGAUAGGUUAAAAAUCUUAGCCAACAAGCACCUAAGCCGUCUUAAUCAGCUCAAAAUGCGUUACAUCGAUUGGUUCAACAGGAAACACACGUCUUUUCUAGAUUCCAUUAAGCUGAUUCAUGCUCUUGGCGGUACACUACUUCCGUUUGAGGUAGACAACAUUCGCCAUUAUCGGCGCGUGCGUGAUCUAUCUCGCCGAUUCCCGCGGAACGGGACACCGCGAGACUCUAGUCCGGUGAAAAUGGACGAGUUCAUUUCAUUUUGGGAAGAAAUGUACAUGCUUAAACUUGAGAACGACGCCCUUUUCGAUAGCGUGGAACAUUUUUGUCAUAGUAUCCGGCGGCUGAGACAACCGGAACUAAAGGACGAAAUUGAUAGACUGCAUUACAAACUAAAUCUUUUCUGUGCUGAAGACUUCAAGUUCACAGAGCUCAACAACGAACGUGACAAUUUGUUCACUUAUAAAGUUGCACCACAUGACCACAAAUAUCACGGUCUGGUAAACUUUAUACCGUUUCUUCUGGGAUAUGCCACACGGAUAUGUUACUGGACCGGUAAAUUGUACAUAGAAAAAUCAUAA